UAAAAGGUUUCUAUAGAACAACUCCCAUAGUUAACUUCCAAAAAAUGAGGGUAGAUGAGUCAUUUCGUUUUGCAUUUGAAUUACAGCAGCCCCGAUUUUCUAGCAUUGGAUCCUUGCCUUCCGGAAGACACACGCUCCUCGAAAUCUUCAUCUAUUGUCCUGUCUCCCCUUUAUUACUACGGAUUCUUUUCUCAAGAUUUAUGCACCUACUGCUAUAUUUAGUUUCAGUUAAUUGGGUUGUCUUCAGUUUCACCUUCUUCUUUGUUGUUAGCAGAAUGGUUUUUGCAGCACGACAGCAGCCCAGUUAGUUUUCUGUUCGGUUUUUUCCAACUUUUCUUGGGCUUCCGAAUCAGAAGAAUCAGACUAUAAGAAGGGAGCUGAAUCAGAAUCCCUUUUAUGGGUUCUGGGAGCAGUAAAUGUUUUAGUUCAUCAGCAUCAUCACACUUUCAAGAGGGCAUGGCAGGAGGAAGGAAUGAUGCAGAACAUGGCCGACGCUUCUCUAGUUCUAUCUCCCGGCCAAUGGUCGGAUCAGUCGCUGCUUGCCAAGCGCAAAGUUCAGCAGAGAGAAACAUGAAGUGUCCAAGGAUAUCAAAAUAUCUAGAAGAAAGAAAUUCAAGAAGACAAAGACCAUGUGAUGGUAGCAGCAGCUCAAGGCACUCGACAUCCACAUGUCCUAGAACACUAAAGACUUCAGGAAGCUUGAGAUUGGAAACAAUAAGUAGGGGACAAUCUGGAGCUAAUCCAACUUACCACGAGAAUGCCAAUGAUACCUGUAAUCGGUCAGUGAGAAACAGUCGAAAUUUCUUAUUACCGCGAUCCAAAAGCUUGAAUCAACCAAUUUUGACUUCAACGUCAAGGAUGCCGAAACUUCCAGGCAACUCUCCAAAUAGUGCAACUCUUGAGCAUUUACAAGUUGCAGCACCAACCCAUUUUAUGAGCAAACAUGCAAGACGACAUAGAAUCCGUGCAAUGGAUGGUGAUCGUGCAGAGAGCAUUGCUGGCGAACAGCAAAGAUUAAGACCCAGUGUUUAUAGCAGAAAUUCUUCACAGACGCAAAGAACACCAUUAACCAGACGCAUAUUUAGUGGGUCAUCUUCUGUCCAGUUUCAGUCAAUUCAACAGGCUGCCAAUCAGGAGAGGCAACAUGAGCAUACCAGGAAUGUCGAACUUGCACGUAGUGGAGACAACUUGAAUCUCAACAGGUCUCAAACUGUUGGUCAGCACGGGGUUAUUCAGUCGUCGAGCAUUGGUGCAUUCCACCUCUGCCAAAGGAGCUCUGUUAAUGGGGGUGUUCCUAAUCAUUGUGAAAGCAGAUCUCGGGAUGCUUUCACAAGAAUGUCUAUAGACCGAUAUGUAAAUGAAGAAUCAUUUGCAUACAGAAAUGAAAUCACAGCCGGUAGGGAGGUGCCAGAGCAACAAAGGUGGCAGAUGCAAUCACAGGCUCUUCGGCAUUUGCGUAGUAGACUCGAAAAUCUAUCAAGAAAUGAGAGAGCAAUAUCUUAUUGCAGAAACCAAAGAAACAUAAGAAAUAAUCCAUCCACGAGCAUAACAAGGAUUAUAAUGCUCGCGGAAGCUCUUUUUGAGGUACUCGAUGAGCUUCACAACCAGAAUGAGACCUUAUCUUUAAGGUCUCAUGGUCAAUCCCCUGCAUCACUGCCUGCCCCUGAUCACAUUGUCAAGUCUUUUCCAACCGAGGUAUUCCUGAAAGAUGAUGGUGCAUCAGAGGCUUCUCAAUGCUAUGUAUGUUUGAUGGACUAUGAAGAAGGAGAUAUCGUGAGGACCUUGCCUUGUCAACACAAGUUCCAUCAGUUAUGCAUUGACAAAUGGCUGAAGGAGGUCCACAGGGUCUGCCCUCUAUGUCGUGGCAAUGUUUGUGCUGCUGCCAUCUCAAAGAAAUCCUAGAAGACCAUGCAGUCUGAUGUCAAUCCCUGUAUGCAAUUGAACCAACACCACAAGAAAUACAACGUUCAGCAGAAAUCAAUCACAUCUUUUGGGCAUCUUGAUGCAUAACUGCAGAGAAUGCUGCACAACUAAACACAUUGUAGAUUGAUGUGGAGGAAACUGAAUCAUGGAACAACCAUGAAACAGUAGGAAUAGUUGCAUUGAUGUGCAGGAUCGCGCUCCAGCUUUAGGGGGUCGUCGAGAAAGCGAUCUAGCUGCCGUUUGGCUUUCACCUAGGAUAGCAGCUGCUGCCAUGAUGACAACAUAUAGCUUGAGCGCCGGUUCCAUAGGUGCUGAUGCUUGUUCAAUAUAACAACAAGCAUGAGUUAUGUGAUCCAAAUCAGUGUCUAUGUUCAUGUGUAUUAUAAACUCUCUAUUUUUAAGGUUCACUUGGUUCUCCUGAA